ACUUUUGUCAACUUCAAAGUAAAAAAGCAAAACGUCAAAAUAUGAAAAAUAAGUAGAAAAUAAAAACAAACAAAAGUAAACAAUAAAUAAUAAAUUUGUGAAUUCUUGAUAAAUGAUAAAGUGAAUAAUUGUGUCAUCCAUAGAAUACUGAGAUCAGUUACACGAUGAGUUUACGAGGCAUCAAGUUAGUAACAUUCGAUGUAACCAACACUCUGCUGCAGUUCAAGGUGCCUGCCUGGCAGUAUUACACCAUAGUCGCCCAGGAGUACGGGUUUAAAGGUUCUCAAGAAGAAGUCAAAAAUAAGUUUAAAAAAAGCUUCAAUAUAAUGCGAGAAAAACAUCCCAACUUUGGAAGAACAAGCAUAGAAUGGGAGGAGUGGUGGACUCAAGUAGUUAGCAUGACUUUGAAAGACCAUCUUCCGAAUGACGCAAAUGUGGGUGUCGUUGCUAAGAAACUCAUUGAAGAAUUUAAAACGCAAAAAUGUUGGCAGUGCGCCCAUGGCGGGGUGAAACUAUUGGAUCACUUCAAGAAUCUUGGAAUACGUGUGGGAGUCAUAUCGAAUUUUGACCCUCGUCUAAAUGAUAUACUGAGCAAUGUUAGCUUGAAACAAUAUUUAGAUUUUAUUAUAACAUCUUACGAGAUUGGAUACAGCAAACCUGAUGAAAGGAUAUUCAAGAGUGCUAUUGAAAAGUGCAAUGUCCCAGUAAAACCUUCAGAAGCACUGCACAUCGGAGACGACAUUGUCAAGGACUAUCAAGGGGCUCGGGCUGCUGGCUGGCAUGCUGUGCUGGUCAACCCUAACCUGGACACAGCAACAGAGCCACUGCAGGAGCAUGUGUUCCAGAGCUUGGAAGAAUUGAGUACUGCUGUAGGGGAGAGUAACUUGAAACUGUGAUACAGGAUAGGAUACAACAUUUGACAUACAGGAAUCGCACUAUAAGAUAUUACUGAAUUGCAUAAUAAUAGUAGUAAAUAUAGUAAGUUAACUUAUUUAUUGUUGUGAAAAUAAAUUAUUUACUAAACAGA